GAAAGGCGUGAGAGAGCCUGGCGAUGGCUUGGAGGGCUAACCUUGCUUGCCUCAUCAAGGCCGGAGGGAGGACGAGAUGGUUUCCACUCCCAGAGUACUUAUCCAUGUCUCCAGUCCUACAUAAUACCUGUUCUCGGAGAAAGUCCACGGCGCCCGAGAAACUUGCUGCCAGUGUUGCUGCUUGUGAUACGAAUGGAAAGGAGCCUGGGACUGCACUGGGCAGGCUCUACUCCCCAGAGCAGCAGGCCUCUAUCUUACACGUGUUGAAUACAGCUUCUGAUAAAGAACUGGAGGCUUUCAGAUUGCUUCGGGGAAGAAAGUCCGUCAAUAUUGUGGAACACAGAAAGAAGUUUGGGCCGUUUCAGAGUUUGGAGAGUUUGAUAGGCGUGCCCUUGAUCCAGUAUAAAACUGCUGUUGAAGUUUGUAACUCCAUUCUUUGUCCAGAGAACAGACGGAGAAAAAAGUCACAGGAAAAGUGGGUGCUGAGAAAGUUCAUCAAACCAGGUGUAGAGAAAGAGAGACUUAAGGCAGUCAAUAGUAUCGUAUCUAUUGUGUUUGGUACUCGAAGAAUUGCGUGGGCUCACCUUGACCGGAAACCAACUGUGCUGGACUGGCAGCAGGCAGAGUGCUGGAAACUAACUAACAAAACAUACCCAUCGUCCUUUUAUCUGGAAGAGAUUUCUUCAGUCGUUUCAAAGAUCCCUAAAGCAGAUCUCUACAUUUUAGAAAAAUCAGGACUUUCCAUUCAGAACACAUCUCUGUUUCCUAUACUGUUACACUUUCUUAUCACGGAAGCCAUGCUGUACGCCCUACUCAACAAAACUUUUGCAAAAGAUGGCCAGCAUCGGGUGCUGAGCAUAAAUCGAAAUGCUGUGGGCAAGCACUUUGACCUGAUGAUCGGCGACACGAGGACUAGUGGGAGGGAGCUAGUGAAGCAGUUCCUCUCUGAGUCUGUGCUGAAGGAGCAGCCUCGGGUGUUCUUCCCCAGGGAGCUUGCAGUGCAGUACAGACAGAAGAUUGUGAAGAGCUCACACCGGAUUGAGGAGCUGUACGAUUCGUUACUACAAGCUGUUGCUUUUUACGAGUUAGUUUUUGGCAGUGGCUCAGAGCUCAAAUGUUAAUGCACUCACUCUAUGUUACACUAAUUUAUUAAAGCAACUGUUCUCAUCUUCUAUGUUAGUGGAGAAGAAAACAUUUUGAAUAUAUUUUCCAUGUUUAUAAAAUCUGAUUUUUGGCUUGAAAAAAAUGAGCCAAGAACAAAUCAAUAAAUAUUUUGUGAGA